UUACAACUGAGUGAAUCCCAUCACGUCUGCUAGGCGGCCAGCGGCCAUCGGUGUCACUCCGCCACUCCGGCCCCAUUCGACAGAGACAUCACCGGCAGCAGGUUAAUAAUGGCGCUUCGCGCGGCGGAGCUCCGGCGACUCCUCCUCCUCCGCGGCGGGGCGGUCCUCCCGCUCCCGCUCGCGUCGCGCUGCCGGCCGGCGAGCACGGCCGCCCGUGACGACGAGGGAGCAGGGGGCAACGCCUACGACGUGCUCGGGGUGGGAGAGACGAGCUCCUCCGCGGAGAUCAAGGCCUCCUUCCACCGCCUCGCGAAGGAGACCCACCCCGACGUCGCUGCCGCCGCCGGUUCCCGCCGGUUCCUUCAGAUCCUCGCGGCCUACGAGGCCACUUCACUACAACGCCGAGAAGCAAUCAAUUUAGAAGCCCAGAAUGUAGUAUUUUACAUAUUACUCAUGAACCUUUCCGCGAUGCCGCAGAUCCUAUCCGAUUCCCAGCGAAGGGCGCACUAUGACAGCUUCCUGAGCUCGCAGAGGCUAGUUAUACAGAAGCAUCCCAGACCAUCGCAAUAUGUAUAUCCAUAUCCAUAUAGUUCAGGCAUUGUGAUGCCUAGAGAAAGUAACGUUGUCGAAUGGCUUAAAUGGUACAGGCUCACUGUCGAUGACAUUGUUACAAAAAAGAGGAUUGCGACGGGUUCAGGUUAUUUUGAUAGACUUGAGAGUGAACUGUACUCUGCUGUCCAUGCUGCAUACUAUGGCCCCGAGGUAGAGUCCAUGGAUCUCCUUCCUGAUUGCUUUGAAGCCGAGGAGAGGUCUGUGUAUGAGACAUCUGAGCUAUUGCACCUUGUAUCUGGCCGUGAUCUGCUUGGUAUUGUCAGUCUAGUCGAUGGCGUCCGAGAGCUGUCUGAUGCUUGUCGUGAGAAGCUGACACGUUCCGGUUCUGCAACCUGCGGCGUUAGUCCAAAUGUUGCAGUAAACAGGGAGAAAUGUUCAAUACCUAGGCAUGCAGAUAUUCACAGGCAAGAGAAUGAGGAUAGUGACAGUAUCCCAUCAGAUGCCUACAAGGACAUUCAGUUGCAGAUAUGUGGGAGAGUAGUGGCCACUGCAAAUAGGAGGCUCAAGUGCAAUUGCAUUGACAAUUCAGACAUGGAAGAUCACAUACAUGUAUUUCUUGUUCCAAAUGAGGUGGUUGCACCUGAUGUGAUGCAAGAGCAUCUCCUCCUUGGAACAAUCACUGGGUUGGACACCAGUGGAGAGGAAGGAUCUUGCUGUGUCUAUGAUGGCCAUGGAAUAAAGACCCAUGUAAUUGUUAAGCACAGGACACUGAUGGUUAAACACAUGCACUGGUAUCAAUUUGGAGAUGAAGUUUCACCCUGCGAGUGUCGAUGUAGCAGGGCUCGGUUGCCACCCAGCAGGUUUUGGCUUUUUGAGCCACGGUGUUACAUGCAUGACACUGGUGGUUGGUACAUCGAGACAUUUGGGAGAGACAAGAAAGGGAGGACAAUCCCAUCACCAAGACAUUGGCAUGGUGUCAAUGAACAUUCUGAAAAGAGAUUGCGUCCAGCACUGUAUCUGGUGGCUCUGGCAUACAGAUCUUUAGAUCUUGAGGAUGCUCAAAGAAGAAAAUGGAGCUUUAGGAGUUUCCUAGAGCUGCAAUUGUCUCAUAUUCGUCAGUUAAGUGAAAAAAUCUUUAGUGGUAAAAAAGGAGUUGAUAUGGGAGCACCAUGAGAAACGAGCAGCAGUUUCAGGAAUUCAAUGUUCUUGUUUGACAAUAUCUUUGUGAUUUCUAAAACUUUUUGAGGCUGUUCA